AUGCAGUGCUCCAGUGGAGCAUGUGAGCUGGGACCGCAUUGCUGGCGUGAUCCUAUAAGCAAGAAGCAUAUUAAGCUGACAGUACAAAAUCUGAGGGCCCUUGUGAGGUACGCGGAGGAAGGUGGUCUGUUAAAAUCCCACGAUGACGUCCCUGAAUCAAUCCGUGAAAAGCUAUAUAUACAGGAGCAGCAGCGAUUUGAGAGGCAAAAGGGAGGCGCUCAGUCCACUAAUGGUUAUCCCCCUAUCAACAUCACCAACGUUCUUCCUGCGCAGGCUUCUCCUCUUUCUGUGCCAGCUACACCGACUCCGAUGCCGACUUCGUACCGCCCCGGAGUCCCUGGUCUGCGGGAUGUUGCUGUUGCUGAAUAUAGUGACUGGCAGCAAUCUCAAGUAAAUAAUAACGGACUAAAGGAAGAGUUCGGGAAAGCUCGCGAUACUGCCCUCGAAGAUGGACUGGAUCUUGUCCAGAUCCACAAGGAUCAGGACCCGGGAUUUUUCAUUAAGAACGGUAUCAAAAGAGGUAUUGCUCGCCGUUUUGUUGGAGACAUUCAGUAUUGGGUCGAGAGUUGUAGGUGCAACAUAGGAGAUAGACUAUAA